CGUAUAGCUGGAACUUUACGCUUUCUGACAUCUUCAGGACAGAGGAGUUUACACAGUGGUGGUUUCUCAGUAACAUGACAAGCUGCAUUUUUUUUGCCUUAUUAACAUGGAGAGAGAAAUAAAGAGAGGCUGGUGAGAGAACAACUGUUUAUAGCUGCAAUGGCGUAACUGAGAACAGAAACUAACUUGUUUCAUGUAAAUAUAAAUGGAUAAAAAGUCAUUCUUCAAUAAAUAAAAAAUGUUUGAAAAAUUGAAAAAUUGCUGUGGUAUAAGAGGAAUAAAACACUUUGGACAUGCUGUUAUAGGAAAAUAAUCAACUUCCUGGUGGUAAGAGCAACUUUGCUUCAUCACAACAUCCUGCUGUUGAUUAAUUUCCUCUAACAGCAUGACGCAGUGUGUUUUAUUCUUUAUCAGGCAAUCCUAAUUUUAAUUUCUUCUUGAAAUAAGUACAACAUAAAAAGGUACCAUAGGGAAUAAAGAGCACAUUUGUCACAAAUAACAUUAUAAUGUGUGUGUGUUUGUGUGUGUGAGAGAGAGAGAGAGAGAGAGAGAGAGAGAGGAUGCAGAUGAAGCUGAUGAAGGCAGUAUUGUUGGUGUGUGUGUGUCUGAGUGUGUUGCCUGCACACUGUGCAUGUUUUUCACGUGGAGCUUCAACAGCUACCUGCAUGGACAUGAAGCCUGGCCACAUCAGCGCUCAAGCACAACACACACACACAGCGUCUGCGGUGACCAUACACACCAGCCGCGCAGUCUAUCUACCACACCACACACUCAUGGGUAUGUACACACACACACACACACACACACAGACACACUAUGCUAUGUAAUGACCAUUAUAUGAAUAUCUGUUUGUGUGUUUGUGUGUGUUUCAGUGAGUGUGCGCAGCUCUCGAGCGUUUAUGGGUCUUCUGCUGCAUGCACGCUCUGUAGUGGAGGACCGCGUGGUUGGAGGCGAGUUCACACUCCACCCUCCGGGAACACACACACUCUCCUGCCUGUCCACUGCAGACACAGUCACACACUCCGACAAGCUGCUGAAGAGGAACCUGUCGUUCACCUGGAGGGCUCCGGCUCAGCCCAGUGGGGACCUGAGAUUCUAUAUCACAGUGGUCCACUCCUAUUUCGUCUACUGGACUCGGAUCCACUCAGCUGUGGUGCAUGAUGGGACCCGUAAGACUCGUACUGGACAUGAUGCUGGACUACAGAACAGAAUCGUCUCAGCAUCUCCGACGAAAUCAUCACUCACACAAACACACACUUCUGCACACACACACUCAGAAUACUCAAACACCACAUGCACACUGACGAGUAACUUCCCCACACACACUGUACUGCCCAAACACACCACACACUCACACUCUGAUAAACAAACAAGCAUACAUGACCCUGGAAAUACCACACCCACACAAUUAUACACAACAACACACACAGACAUGCACACACACCCCCCCAAAGGUUCAAAGAAUCCUCUUCACACACACAUACGCACACAGAGCGGACCAGACGUUCUUACACAUUUUCUAAGAAACAGCAUCACUUACACACAAGCACAUACACAGACACACAUUGCGACUACACCAACCACGCACACACACACAUCACCUAACACCAUGCCGAUGUCUCGUUCACUAACAACACACACUCCAACAACACACACGUGCUCACCGGCCGCGGCAUGCACCUCACGUGGUGUCACCAUGGUAACCCUGAAAACACACACACACUCGGCUCAUGCGUCUACACCAGCUCCAUCCCAGCACACACACUCCUCAAACAUACUCACACACACACCUGCUGUGACUGUCUCUCCAACCACACACACACCCACACACACACCCACACACACUCCCACACACACUCCCACACACACUCCCACUGCAUCACACACACCCACACACACUCCCACUGCAUCUCACACACCCACUGCAUCACACACACCCACACACACACCCACUGCAUCACACACACCCACACACACUCCCACUGCAUCUCACACACCCACUGCAUCACACACACCCACACACACUCCCACUGCAUCUCACACACCCAUUGCAUCACACACACCCACACACUCAACCACACACACUCCCACUGCAUCAUACACACCCACACACACACCCACUGCAUCACACACACCCACACACACUCCCACUGCAUCACACACACCCAUACACACACCCAUUGCAUCACACACACCCACACAACACACUCCCACUGCAUCACACACACCCACACACACUCCCACUGCAUCAAACACAACCACACACACUCCCACUGGAUCACACACACCCACACAACACACUCCCACUGCAUCAAACACAACCACACACACUCCCACUGCAUCACACACACCCAUACACACUCAAACUGGAUCACACACACCUACACAACUCACUCCCACUGCACCACACACACCGACACACACUCCCACUGCAUCACACACACACACGCCCACUGCACCACACACACACGCUCCACCUUCAGCUCUCCACCCGGAUCCAUCUGCAGCACUCCAGCGCUCUCUGUCUGAUCCGGUGGAGCCGAGGGACGCUCCUGAAGUGUUUGUGAAACACCCCGAUCCCGAGCAACACCCGGAAAGCGGGAUCAAAACCGGAGGCGGAGUCAAGGUCGAGACGGGGGCGGGGCUUGUGUCUCAGCCGGUGCUGUUGCUGGUGCUGUCGCUGGCUCUGUUGGUGGCGCUGGCCGUCUACGUCCAGAGGAAACACUGCGUCCGGCGCAGCGGCGUGUCUCUGAGCGACAGCGGGCAGGAGAGCGCAGGAGUGAGACGCACGCAGGAGUGCGGCGAGCUCGUCCAGCUGCGCAGGGUCCGAGAGAACAGCCUGCUGCUGCUGCAGGCCCAGUACGACAUCAUUACAGCACCAGGGAACUAACACACACACAAACACACACACACAUACACUGUACUGUGCUCUGUGCUAAUUAUAACAGGGAUAUCUAAGGAAUAAAAUAGAAAAUAGAAGCGGAAUUACUGGUGCCACUCUGAAGUUGAUUAUUUUCCUACAACAGCAGGUCCCCAAGUGUUUUAUUCCUUUUAUACCACAACAAUCUGCCAAAAGUUUACAUUUAUUUAUGAGAUAUCUGACUUUUAUCCAUUUACAGUUACAUGUUCUCACUUAUGUUAUAGCAGCUAUAAAGAGUCAUUCCUUCAUGAGCCUCUUUUUUUCUCUCUCCUGCGCAGGGUCACGAUGGAUUACAUUUUUUUUUUUAUAUUUAAGAAAAUAGAAACAAAAAAAAAAAAAGACACUCCUAGAAGAGAGAAUGUGUUUAGAAUUACAGCAUGUGUGAAAUCUUAAUAAUUUUCAAAUAUUUAUCUCCUUACACUUAUUUUUUGUACUUAUAUUUUCAUUUCAUCUUUUAUUUUAUUUUUUUAAUCAUUUCAUUUUUACUACUUG